AUGAAGAAAGAGGAGCACUCGUGCUGCGGCGUCGUCGAGGAGGCGGCGUACAAGGCGCGCGAACGGAGCGAAGCGCGACGUUCGAAGCCCCAGCCAUGGAUCGUGCUCAAGCUCACUGUCUUCAUCACCUUGGGCAUCAUGGGAUACACGGCAUAUGUGUAUAUACACAGAUUUGUUGUCCCUAUGAUCAAGGGUACCAAUGCCGCGUUGGGAAGCCUGGGCGCUGGUGUCUCGCUCAUCAUCGUGUUCGCUCUCUUGUGGAUGUGGAUGGUGGCGGCUUACUUCAGGGUUAUAAUCACAUCUCCGGGGAGGGCCAAAGACUAUGUACCGGAAACUGCAGAGCCACCACCGCUUUACCCACCAGCGCCAAGCCCGGGCGCUAACCCGAACAUCAACCUGCCACCGAACGCCUACUUCCCAACCUCCGCCGAACCCAAGGAAGAACCCAGCGAACGAAUAGGCGGUCCAAGUUAUGAGCAGCAGCAACAACAACACCAGAACGGAACCGCACCCCUACCUCGCCUCUCCACCACGACCGACCCCGCGCGCAUGUCGGUCCCCGCCUCCUCCCAGACCGCGCGAGACAGCAUCGCGCCUCAUGACGAAACGAAGAAGCUAUCCAUGGUCUCCGACACGACCCCCAUGCCAUCGCCGACAAUACCUCUGUCCCUGCCGUCUCCCACGGAACCCUCGUCCAUAGCGUCUCCGACCCUUCCACCCGCGUCGGUCCCUCCACCCGGCUUCCCGCGCUCGAAGCGAGAGGCAAAGGAGAUGGAGCGCGCGAUACACAUUGCGCGACGGCCACCCCCUAUCCCGUUCCUGCGCGAGGAGCAGAGAUAUUGCACGCGGUGCCGGAUCGUAAAGCCGUACAGGGCGCACCAUUGUCGGGCAUGUGGGACGUGCAUCUUACGAUACGAUCAUCACUGCCCUUGGAUAGGACAGUGCGUCGGUGCGCAGAACUACAAGUUCUUCUUCAACUUUUGCGAGUCCACCUGGGUCUUCACGACCUACACCUUUGCCACACUGGUCUCAUUCGUCGCCACACACGGCGACGUCGACAUCGACCCGCAGAUCAUCGUGAUCAUCGCACUAUCCGCCCUCUUCAUGUGCUUCACCGCCGCCAUGGUCAUCGCGCACACGCGGCAGAUCAUGAUGGGACAGACGACGGUCGAGCUCAUGUACAUCCGCGGAAUGAAGGAGCGCGAGAACGCGAUGAUGGCGCGCGUGUUUGGGUUGUGGGAGGUGGGGGCCAAGGGCCGCACACGCGACCGCUGGGACGCUGAAUGGGGCUCGCUCGACCGCGAGGGCAACUUGUGGUGGCAGGGAAGCGCGUGGAAGGAAUGGACGUCGGUGAUGGGCGAGAGCUGGAUUGGGUGGAUAUUCCCCAUCGGCCGCGGCGGCGAAGAUGGCCUGCACUACGAGCCCAACCCGCGCUUCGACCCCGAAGGAAGAUGGCCAUUCCUCUCAUUCCUGCGGUGGCACGAGACGUGGCCCUGGCCGCUGGAUGAAGGGCUUGUGGGCCCUCUGGUCGACACCGGCUGCAAGCUCAUCAGCUCGGGCGGUGCCGGGUACGACUUUCUCGACGUCGACUACCUCACCCGCCACGGCGUCUACUACGCGAACACCGCCGUGAGCGCGGCGGUCCGCACCGCGGACUCGACGGCGGCGCUCAUUCUGCAGGUCAUGCGCGCCGGCUCGGAGCAUGAGAUGAACGUGCGGGAGGGCAAGUUCCUGGACCGCUCUUUACGUGCGAAGGACGUGCGCCGAUCGACGUUGGGAAUCAUUGGCAUGGGAAACAUCGGAAAGCUCGUCCGAGACCAUAUGCAGCAUUUCGGGAUGAAGGUGAUCUACAGCAACCGCCGUCGUCUGCUGCCCGAGGAAGAAAAAGGCGCGGAAUACGUGUCCUUCAACGAGAUCCUGACACGUGCCGACGUCCUCUCCAUUAACUGCCCCCUGACGAAGGACACGCGACAUCUGUUGGACAAGGAGGCCUUCGCGAAGAUGCGAGGCGGCAUCAUCGUUGUCAAUACGUCCCGAGGGCCGGUCAUUGAUGAGCAGGCGCUCGUAGACGCCUUGGAGAGUGGGAAGGUCCUCCGCGCCGCUCUGGACGUCUACGAGAACGAGCCGGAGGUACAUCCCGGGCUGAUAAAGUCUAGGAAAACGACGCUCUCGCCACACUGUGCAGUUCUCAACGAGACGAUCUUCGAGGAUCAGCAAACGGAGAUUAUGGCCAAUCUAGAGGCGUUCAUCAAGACUGGCAAGCCCAACACGCCAGUCAAUGAACCGGUCUUCUCCGAGGCGGUAUAA